GCAGACAAACAUAGCACCAGGGAGAGCUAUUAGCAGCAGCAGAAGAUCACCCAGGAGCUCUAAGAUGUUUAUUUAUUAGAGUCGUCCUGUUACUUAAAGUCCUGAUCUCCUCACUAAGCAAUUUGGAGUCAAUGUGGAUAGAAUGGCGAAUAGUGUGAUCAGUUUGUCAACUUCUGAGACCCGUCGGUCUAAUGAUUAUUCUCCUGACUGGACUCCGUACUCACAGUCGUCCCUGCUUAACUGGACAACCAACACACUGUAGGAAACAUGAACUCUGAGUCUCUGGACAGGUCCAUCCAGAACACCCUCUCAGACCUCUACCCUCCCUUCGAGGCCACAGCCCCCACUGUCCUGAGCCAGCUCUUCCAGGUCAUAGAGGAAUGUUACCAAGGAGACGCACUCAAGUGUCUGCUGGACUUCCUCAUUACAGCUAAACACAUCCUUGAGAGUGUUCAGCAGGCUGCCUGUGCCCAGUACUCUGAUGUGGUGUUUCGCUGUGAGGGCUGGCCUCUGUGUCUGCAUGAGAAGGUGGUGAUCCAGCUUGCCUCCAUCAACCCCCUAUUGCUGCGCCCAGGGGACUUCUACCUGCAGGUGACACCCUUUUCUGAACAGUCCGCCCGCAUUGUGGUCCGGAGCCUGCUGGGGGAGGAGGAGGGACAGGGUCGGGAGGUAGAGGAGACACCCAUCCCUGAGACCUCCUACCCCUGCAUCUUCACUGAGGACUGGCUGGGGGAGCUCAACCAUGGCCGCCAUGGCACCCUUCUCAGCCACUGUAUCCUCUCCACAGACCAGGGCAUGGUGAAGGUGCCAUGGGCACAGGUGGCUCUACCUGAGUUUGUGGAUAAACCCAGAACUAUGGCCUUGUCAUCUCCUAACCCUGCUGCUACUCAACAGGAGAAAGUGGCAAGGCCAGUGCCCUCGUUGGCGCUGCCUCCCCCUGCCUCUGGGUACUCUGUGGAGACUAGGAUCUCUCCUGCUAAACAUGGCAUUGCGGUUUCGCUGUGUCUGGUGGACAGUAACUGCUCCAGGCUGGUUAAGGUGGAUCAGGAUAGGCCUGUGGCUAAGCCAAUUGGCUGGGUGUCUCCCAACACAUGGGACAGCCGCAGCAACAACACCUCUGAAGUUGAGGGGGAAUACAUAGACUUGGUGGAGUUCACUAAGCAGAAAGAAGCAUUGCUCAGUGGGGCUCACAGUCACACACACCCCAGAGCACCCAUAUUUAGGCCUGUUACCCUCAACAGGCCUGGUGUUCCUUCGGCUCCAGCCCUGCCCCCGCCCCUGGCCUUGGCUCCUGCCCCCCACCGGCCCCUCAGAGAACCGUUACACUGUGGCCAGACCAUCCGAUUCCCCGAAAACCCCCCCUGCACCCCUUGCAUGAGGAGGAGAAUGGGCCAGGUGUCCAAAGCACAGGAGCUCAGGUGCCGGUACAGAGAGUCUUACCAUUCAGCACUGCAGAACCCUGUUACCUUUGAGAGAGACAAUAGACUGAAUACACUGGCGGUUCUGGAGGAGGCUCGUCUAUGUGAGGGGAGACUGGGACCAGAGGGUAAAGAAUUAUGUCCUGGUCCCUCCCAGCAGUGCUACCAUCCAGACCCAGGUCACCAUAACCAGACUCCCCCUGUUAGCACGGUUUCCUGUUGGAAGUCUGGAGAAAGUAACACUAUAUCCAGUGGAGUUUUGCAAGGCCUAUGUGGCACUAGGGAGUCUACAGAAAUGACUACCAAAUCCAGUGGAAUUUUACAAGGCCUGAAUGACACCAUAGGGGAUGAUGGGAGAUGUCCCUCCUCUCUGUCGACCACUAUUGUGGACAUAUCAGAGAAGUGUGAAGUUGUGAUACAAGGAAGAAAAAGUAGGGACAUUGACUUCACUACAAAGAUGAUUCCCAGCUUACAUGUAAUGAAAUGUAAAAACACGACAGCUUUUGGACUGGUUUCCCCAAAGAUGAACAGGCGGAGACUGCCCAACCAAGAUGUCUCCCAGGCUGGCCAACCCUUCAUACCCGUUACAAACGGACACCAGACCCCUCCACUUGAAAUUACCCAGCAGCCCCUGGGUCACUAUGCUGUGCCCAGUUCUAAGGUUCUGUUACCAGCCUCAGCAGAACACAGCACUCACCAUCUCCAGAUGGGAGUCGCAUGUCUAACUGGUGGCAGAGACAGGACAGGUCGGUUGGUGGUUGAGGUGCACGGAGACAAGGAAGGAUGGAGAUCUCCUUUAGUGUCAAGUCUGGAACUCAGCAAACUUCUGCUCUACCUCCACUCUGUAAUCAAGCGAGAACUAAGAGAACUUGGAAUGACACUAGUUAUUGAUGCUCGGAAGACUCCACCUCCACCACAGUUCAAUAAGGCCUUGUUGGUGGUUCAGGAGCAGAUUCCCCAUGCAAUACACAGUGUCUUGAUCCUAGUGGAGAAGGAGAGCUGCCAUCGCACAGAGAAAUGUCCUAGACUACAGAUUGCUGUGGUGACCUCACUGAAGGGGUUGCACAAGCUGGUGGAGGGGAGUCAGCUGACCUCCGGCCUAGAGGGCACCCUUCCCUACAACCACAUUGACUGGCUGCAGCUCCAUCAGAAACUUCAUCCCUUUAUGUCAGAUCUCCAGGAGGCCUCAGGUUUGCUACUAACAGCCAUCAGGAAACUAGAGGAAGACCGUAAGAUUGACACAGUGCAGGAUGUACAGAGGUGUAUUCUAGAACAGAGAACUCUGAUGAAGGAUGUUCUGGAGGACAGACGGUUGGUCGUUUUGCAAAGGGAGGGAGGAGCCAUGCUGGCUAGACUGAGAAGGGAGAGUGACCUCAGAUACUCUCACUGUGAGGAUUACAGUGAUGCAGUGGAUUCUGUGACCUACAUGUACAACCAUGUAGAGGAGCAGGCCCAUGUGCUGGUGCACAGGUCCAACAUGUCCCUGGAGCACCUUGAAUACCUGCUCCAACUCAGAGAAAUGGAGGGCCAUUUCUCUAAGAUCAGGGAAUGGUUUGAUGCAGAAGGGGAACGCCGGUUGUUGGAGGCAGAAUCCGUGGAGGACUCUAGAAAAAGAGUGGAGCAGACUCUCUGCAGUUUCAGUGAAUUCCUCACUAAAGCCAAUGAGCAGAAGCACAAGGCUAUGGCCCUGGUGACGGAGGCAGAGAAGAUCCAGGGCCCAUCCCCAUACCCUGAGACUGAGGUGUUCAGGACCAUGGUCUGCACCUUCAAAUCUGGCCUGGCUGACUUCCUCUCCCGGGCAGAGAGGUGCUGUAGUGAGCUGGAGACUAUGGUCACUGUGUGCAACUUCUGUGAGCAGGCUACUGAGCUGGCCAAAGACUGCAGACAAUACCUGGACCAGGUUGUCAGACGCCCAGAGACGGAUGAUGUCUCUACACUCCAGAUGUACCAGGAGAGCUUUGUCCAGUUCUCCCCAGAGCUCUUCCAGGAAGUGAAGGGUCAGGCGUGUGCUCUGAGGGGCUCCAGGGGCAUGCGGGUGUGGAAUGUAGCCUGGCUAAAGUGUCAGGAGGUCAGGCAGCAGCUAGAGGAGAGACUACAGGAUGUGGAGAGGGCCUUGCGGAACACAGGCCCCUGGCAUGAACAACUUAGAGCUCGUGAGGAUGAGGCCUUGGUUCAUACAGUGACUCAUCGUGAUGGAGUUCUGGUACUGCCCAGACCUGGUCUACCACACUGGUACAAUCCCCCAUCAGGCUCUAUGAUGGGAAGGUAUCACGGGGCCUUGGAGAGCAGGAACAACUCUGUGACCUGCUGUAAUAUAAACUUCAAGCAUGAGAAUAACAGACCUUGUAAACGGUCAAAGACCACCACAAUGCCGGCCUCUCCCCAUAUCAGAUCCAUUAGGAGAGCGGAGAGAGAGCCCAGUGGGAGACAGGCCUGCCGAGGGAGGAGCAGAGAGGACGCCACCCUUGCCGACUUGCACACUGUGGGCUGUGAGUGGUUCCCGUGGCAACGCGGGGGCCUGGGCAGGUCCACGAGCGAGGACUCGUGUGCGACCGCCACGUCCAGUCAGUCUGAGUCUUGCGUCCAGACGCCUUCCUGUUCCCACGGGAAACCCUCCUGUCGGAUCCUGCAGGCCGCUCAGAAGUUCCAGAUCUCACGGCAUGGCAGCUUCUGCUCAGAGGAAUCCUGUAGUGUCCGAGAGGGGGCAGAGAGGACCUCUUCAAGGAAUACUAGCCCAUCAGUGAGGAGGUGUGAGGGAACAGCAUCAUUGGCAAGUUCAGAGGAGAAGGCUGGCAAUAUUAUAAAGCUGCAGCGGAUCAUGGCCGAGCUACUGUUAACAGAGAGGGAGUAUGUGCGCUCCCUGGGUUACAUCCUGACUCAUUACCUCCCCCUGCUGGAGAGGCCUGACGUGCCACAAGACCUGCGGGGCAAACGUGGAAUCAUCUUUGGGAACCUGGAGAAGCUGUAUGACUUCCACGGCCAUUUCUUCCUCAGAGAGCUAGAAGCUUGUCAGACAGAGCCUUUACAAGUGGCUCGCUGCUUCCUGAGACACAGAGACAGUUUAGGCCUCUAUGCUCUCUACAGCAAGAACAAGCCUCAAUCGGAUGCCUUAAUCCUUCACCAUCGCCCUGACAUCUUCAAGAGGAAGCAGCAGGAGCUGGGGGAUCACAUGGACCUGUCCUCCUACCUGCUGAGGCCCAUCCAGAGGAUCAGUAAGUACAGCCUGCUUCUGCAGGACAUGCUGGGGAUGUGUGGGCCUCAGAGAGACAGGGAAGAGCUCCAGGCUGCAGCCGAAGUGGUCCGCUUCCAGAUGCGUCAUGGCAACGACCUCCUCACCAUGGACGCCAUCCAGGACUGUGACGUGAAUCUGAAGGAGCAGGGCCAGCUGGUUCGCCAGGAUGAGUUUAUCGUGUUCUUCAGAAAGAAGAAAUGCUCCCGCCGUAUUUUCCUCUUCCAGGAUCUCAUCCUCUUCAGCAAGACCAAGAAGACCAAUGUGGGCAAUGAUGUGUACGUCUACAAACAGUCUUUCAAGACAUCUGAUAUCGGGAUGACACAUAACUCUGGAGAGAGUGGUUUCUGUUUUGAGAUCUGGUUCCGGCGGAGGAAGUUCCAGGACACGUACACUCUGAAGGCUGACAGGGCAGAGGUGAAAAGGGCCUGGACCAGAGACCUGGAGCAGAUCCUCUGGGAACAAGCUGCCUACAGCAGAGAACUGAGGAUACAGGAGAGGGUGUUCAUGGGCACGGGGAGGAACCCUUUCAUGGACAUACAACCUAACGAGGCAGCCAUCUGUGACAGGGCCACCAACUGUGUCCUGCUAGGAAGAGCUCCUGUGUCGUCUUUUCCACAAACAGAUCUUGAAUGUCUCCGGCCCAACUCCAUUGGUUCAGGCAGUAGUGCCUCUACCUCCUGCAGCCACUCAUCUUCCUCCUCUGGACGAGGUUCUUUACCUCCUGUAGGUUACCCUGGUAACCAGAUACAAGGUGGGGAAACCAAUCACAUUGUCUAUUCCUCCCCGGAGACUGUGACUGAAGAUGACCCCAAUAACCAUCAUAAUCACCAGAAACAAAACCUUCAUCUUCUCAUGGACAGCAUGGAGUCGUCAGGUGAGAGUGGCAGUGUGUUCAGCAGCUCGGAGUGCAGCUGCCUCUCUGCCAUUGGUGGAGAGGUGGAGGACUCGUCAUCUGUCCUGUCCCAGAGCUCCCAGUCCUGUGUCACCCAGAGAACAGCAGCACCCAAUCUCAGGAAGAACAGCUCCCCUGCUAUGAUCAGGAAGAAGCCCUCCAUUGCUCCCAAACCACCAGUGCUGGCUGCUCCUCGGAGCCUGCAAAAGGGCAAAAACAUGGUUGCUAUAGGAAAAUCAACAGAAGUUUAACCAGUGGAUUUAAUGGAUGGUUCAUCCUGUGGAUCUCUGAGCAGUGAUGAUGGAGAGCAAUCAGGCUGACAGUCAAUUAAAAACUAUGAUAACAGACUGAAUGGACCACUAGUUGACAAGCACUGAAGAGAAAGUGACUUUGUGUCUUUGAAGAACAUUUACAUUAAAAGUAUCUGGAAUAUUCUAGCUGAAAUAUCAUGAAAAGGAACACAUGAUGGAUUGGUCAGUUUUCAAAGUGCUUAUGGUGUCCAUUUAUCUAAUAAUACUUCUUAAGCAACCACUUCUUUAUCAGAUACUGCUUUAACUGAAUGGCUAUUGUUUUACUGUCAUUGGUUCAUAGAACAUACUUUUUUGUCUUUGUAAUACUAGUAGUAUUUCAGCUGUUAACUUUUACAAGGGAUUUCUUUGGAAUUUACACAUCACUCUCACCAUGUCAUGUUGACUCUCUUGAUGACCCCAUAUUGAUGACCCCAUCUCUUGAUGACCCCAUAUUCCCAUGAAAUGUCAAAUAUGGGUUAAUAUUUUUUUCUUCAAAUUACACACAUUUAACAGUGUUUAUAAUGUACCGGUACACAUGUCAAACUCAAACAACUGACUACAGAAACACUUGUUCCCAUCAGUAUUCUCUGCAGGCUCAGGACAACUUGUCAGUGGCACUCUGACAUAAUUUCCUGCCCAGAUUUAUAGAUAAAUUAGGGAUCAACUAUUGAUGUCCAGGUGGGAUAGCAGAGGAGCAGCAAGUUACUUCAUAUUUUUUCCCAUUUUUCCCCAGCUUUGUACUAUAUUGCUGUGAAAAAUGUCUGGAAAGGGAGAAAACCACUAAAUUGGAAUAAUUGAAGGGGUCCAUCUGGCAUUUUCAACUCAUCAGGAACCAGUGUCUUCAGACUUCUCCAGUUGUUCUAAUAGUCAACAUAUUGAUUUACAAUAUUCAUUACAAACCAUGUAUAUGAUUAAACAUUGUGACCUGACUGACCAAGAGUAGCCCUUUUGGUCAGCACAUAGCCAUCGGUUAAGCAUCAGAUAACAUUGUUGUGUAGGUCACCCUGUUGAACUGAACGCUCCUCUACCAUAGCCCCCCUCCGCUGUCCUGAACAGUUUGUGUCACAAAUGGGUUACAUACAAUAUCAGUAAACUAAUUACUCAUUGAGAUAUUCUUUAUUUACAUUUGGUUAGUCAUUUAAUUAUAACCUCUGUGUUUAUUCAUGUAUGUGACAUAAAACAAUAAAAGGAUCAUGAAUUUAAAAAAGUUAGUUAUUAUUUUUUCGGAAGUAAAAAAAAAGUUGUUGUAAAGUAUAUGCAGACCUGCAUGCAGGUGUGAAGUUUAGAUGUGAGUCUUUAAGAUUUGAGAUUCUUCAAAGUAGCCUCCCUUUGCCUUGACGACAGCUUUGCACUCUCUUGGCAUUCUCUCAACCAGCUCCACCGGGAAUGCUUUUCCAACAGUCUUGAAGGAGUUGCCACAUAUU